AUGACGACGGAGACGAUAACGGAAGACAAGGAAACGCAGCCAAUAAUUCAACCUAAUAAGGACAGUCCGUUUAAAUACAUGAUAAUCGUAGAUAACGCGACAGGGGAAAUGUAUCUCGUGGAUGUGCACGAAGGAAAAAUCGUCGAAGGAGCACAAAUACUCAGCAACGGGCUAACAAGACUGAAAGACAACACAUUAGUAGCACCCGGAGCGGAAGGUGAGCACCGAUAUUUCUACGUGGACGGCGGCAACGGAGACGGUUCCACAAUGAUAUUUGACCGAAGAACUGGUAAACAAUUAACAGAUGUCACAUUCGAUGCAGACGGCGUCAUUCACUUACCUGACGGCACCAUGGCCGUCGCACGUCUACCAUCAGCCGAUCGAUAUCUGGUCGUUACAGACAAAAAUACCGGAAGAUCGAUCGUAUUUGAUCGACACAUCGGCAUCGAGAUAGAAGCGGCUGUUCUCGAGUCAAACGGUCUCAUUAGGCUACCAUCCGGGAAAGUCGUGGCACCAACAAGCAAACUCGGUCAACGAUAUCACGUCAUUUUCGACGAGAACGGAAACGUCGAAGCCGUGUACAAUCGCUCAACUGGAGAAUCAAUCACAGGUGCCACAAUAACACCAAACGGGAUAAUCACAUUUGAAGAUGACCAACUGGGAAUCGUACCAUCCGCUGAAGCCGAGAGGUACGUAGUCGUGACCCAUCCAAUAACCGGAGAUUUGGUGGUCCUAGACAGACGUACAGGAACUCCCGUCCCAGGAGCUACCCUAGAAGAGAACGGUCUCAUCAGAUUUGAUGAUGGGACAUACGCAGCACCAGCACCGGCCGAAGGAGAAUCGCGAUAUAUGAUUGUCACAGACCCAGACACGAUGGAGAAACAAGUGUACGAUCGGUGGACUGGUGAACUACUGCACGGAGCAACUGUCGACGAGCAUGGUCUGAUCACAUUACCCGAUGGUAGCAUGUACGCAUCUCCGACCGAACAAGGGCAUCGAUAUCGUCUAGUCACAUCUGCUCAGGACAAUCGCACCAUUGUAAUCGACACACGAACCGGAAUGCCCGUACAUGGCGCUACAAUUAUGGACAAUGGGUUGAUUCGUUUGGAAGAUGGCACAGUGGUCGCUCCUGGGUCUGCGAGAGGUUCGCGUUAUAUGUUGGUUGACGAAUCAGAUGGUGUUAGCUCUUAUUCAAUAUACGAUAGGCAAACUGGGUCUUUGAUUGUAGGAGCCAUGGUUGACUCUCUUGGUGUUAUCCGAUUACCGGAUGGUACUGUAGACAUUUUAGAAAUGCCGCAUGCAGAUAGAUUUCUGGUUGUACGAGAUGACCGGACCAACGAACUCUUAGUGUUUGAUCGGCACUUGGGUCGAAAAUUGGAAGGUGCAGUUGUAGAAUCGCACGGCCUAAUUCGACUGCCUUCUGGCUCGGUUGUGGUUGCUUCUUCUGAUGAUGGUUCUAAACUUUUGGUUUUCCCUCCUGCUGAGGACUCUGAAUUGAUUGUGUACGACAGGUUUACCGGUUUGCAUCAGGCCGGUGCAUAUAUUGAUGAAGCUGAUGUAAUCCAUCUACCCAAUGGUACUCUUGCCACAAUACCAUCACAACAAGGUGGUCGUUACAUUGCCGUGACAUUACCGGAAAACGGUCGCGUUGUAGCGUUUGAUAAACGCUCAGGUUGCCAACUUAAAGGUGAAGUACUUGGUGAUUCCGGAUUCUUCCGUCUCUCAGACAGAAAUCUUCUGGCUCUUUCGAACUAUAGUGCAGGACGAUUUCUUCUCCUUAACGUGAGUGACCUGAAUUCCGCAGUCGUGUUUGACCGAGAAACAGGAGAGCCUAUCGCUGGUGCCAUUGUACUUAAUCACGAAGUGAUUCAACUACCCAAUGAUAGUCUUGCCAUAGCCCAAUCCCAAACUGGUGCUCGGUACUACGUAUUCUAUGAUAAGAGGACGGAGUUGGUGCACAUCUUCGAUCGAAGAACUGGGGAGCUGCUACCUGAUGCCACUGUACUACCUUCAGGAUUAGUCGAGUUGGGUGAUGGACGCAUUCGUGCAACAGCACAUCCGGGUAAUUUUCAGUAUCUGAUAGCCACAGAUCCGUCGGGUGUUCAGAUGGUAUAUGAUGCCUUGUCCGGUGAACCGAUUAUCGAUGCGAUAAUUUUAGAAGACGGCUUUAUACAACUGCCCACUGGUGAGAUCGUGGCUCCGGGACGAGUGAACGGUCCCCGAUAUGUCAUACGGGCAGAUCCGGAAGGCAGAGCGUUAGCCGUAUAUGACACGAUGAGUGGACUAACUGUUCCUAAUGCUGUUGUGCGUGCCGAUGGUAUGAUUCAGUUUCCAAAUGGUGUUCUCUUCCCGACCGCAACAUCUACGUUACACGAUAAAAAUCGGUACUUUGUCAUGAAAAACACAACUGACCAAUCAGUGUCUAUUUACGAUUUAGUCACCGGUGCAUUAGUAACGGAGUAUGUUGUCACAGACGAUGGGCAACAUCAGCUUGUGGACGGUACUAUAGUCACGCAAGUCUACAAUGAUACAAUGAUAAGCCCAACAGUGGACCACAAACCGCAAGAACCGGAUCAUCUGACCUCCUCUCGUGAAAAAACAAACACAUCCAUGGACAGUGUGCGUUGGAUGAACGCAACCACCCACCCAGAAGGAAUAGUGGUUAGUCUGGUCGCCUUGCUUGCUUGA